UGUUUUUUUUUUCCUCACAAACUAAAAUAUCAACGAGUAUCUUGGGUGAUUCCAAGCAUCCAGCAUAAAACAAAACUUCCUGAAAGAAGUGACAUAUUUCCUAUAUGUAGGUGUCAGCGCAAUUGUGUGUGUGUUUGUGUGCAUAAGUGUGUGUCUCCGCGUGUCAUGUCCAGGCAAGACUUGAUCCCCACCCUCCUUUUCUUCUCCUCCCUGCUAUGUGUGAUUCCUCGCUCGUUCCUUUUAAUCCUGCUGUGUUAUGGAGUUCUGGUAUGUUAGCGGCAUAACACAUGUUUACACACACACACACACACACACACACACACACACACACACACAUAGAGAUAAUAAGGCAAAAGCGACACACAGACCUCAUUCACACCGGGGGCUCCAAAGAGGGAGCCACAUUGACUUUGACGAGGAACAGAGACUCUCAUCUUGUUUUGUCAGGAAGUUUAAUCCUUUUUGGCUGAAUUCCACAGACACUUUCUCACACACUGAGACACAAAGCUCUGUCAUGCUGCCGACACAAGGUCAGAGCAUUUAGGAUCCUUCAAUUCCUUGAGAGCGCGUCCGGGACUACUUCAUCUCCUUCCUUUUCUCAAACCUUUGAUUAAAUGAGCCCAACUGUGGAUGUCAAACAGAGUCUGGACAUGCGGUGAUUAUCCCCACUGGAUAUCAGGAAAUCGGGAUUUGUUUAGAUUCACUGGAUCUGACUUGAAGGAGUCGUUUUUGGGGACAGUGUGUUAGCCACGCUGGUAAUGGAGGUGAUAAAGCUCCAUACUCACUGCCCCACUCAGGUAUGAGCCGCAGCCAGGAACCUUACUGGGGCUCCAUCAACAGGUAAGUAGGCUUUGGGACAUCAUAUAUAUUUCUACAUUUCCACUUUAUUAGGAUUUUGUACAUGGAUCACGUGCGAGUGAAUGUAACGUUUGCCUGUCGGUGCUUGUGUGCAUAGUUGCUUAUCUAAACACCCACAAACACAUAAUAGAUUCUAAAACCUCCAUUCAUGACAAUAAUUUUGUUUAUUUUGAAUAUGGUGCAUCAUGGUAUGUAUUCACAUUCAGUAUUUUGGACUAAUUAUGGUGUGGAUAAGAUUUUUAAGUUGUUCCUAGGCUCCUCCAGCUGGGGUCCUUCACCAGAUGAUGGCUGUGUGUUUAUUACUGAGUGUGCUUCUCUCCAAACAUUUCACCACUAUGGCGUCACAGUUGAUAGAUACACAUAGGGGUACGGCGGACUGGUUUGGUGUGAGCAAGGACAACGACAGCAGCCAGCGAUGGAGGAGGAGGAGCCUGCAGCACUGCGGCCAUCUCUAUGGGGGUCUAAAGGCUCAGGUGAUGAGGGGCAUGGAGCUACCCAGCCAGGACAACCUCUCCCUGACCAGCACUGAGACUCCCCCUCCCCUCUUUCUCCCACCCCUCCACCCUAGUCACCAUCACUAUGGCAUGCCGAGGGUUGUAGACCCCCUGGCUCGGGGUCGAGCUUUCCGCACGGUGGAAGAGAUUGAUGGCAUCGGCGUGCUGCCAACUCUCCCCAACGCCUGCGCGGCCUCCCUUUGCUCAUUUUCCAGCUCGCGUUCGGCCAUCAGCAGGUUGCCACGGCGACGCAAACGGGAGUCAGUUGCCGCCAUGAGCCUCAAAGCUGCCUCGGCAUUGAUGAAGGGGCGUGCAGUCGGUGAAAGCGUGACAGGACGCUAUCGCAGGCGGAGUUUCCUGCACCCCAGUUUUUUUGAAGAUGACACAGUGGACUUCCCUGAUGAUUUGGACACAUCUUUUUUCACUGGAGAGGGUCUGCCAGAUGAGCUCUCCAGCUAUGCAGAUGAAGUUUUUGAGACGGCAUCCGAGGCCGCGCGCCAUCAUCUUGAUGACGGCGAUCUCACUGGAAGUGCGCUUGAUAGGAACGAACUGGAGAGGAGUCACCUGAUGUUGCCGUUAGAACGAGGAUGGCGCAAAGCUAAAGACGGCUCACUCGUCCAACCCAAAGUGCAAGUGAACCAAGAAGUGAUGAGUCAGCAGCGUGGGCAAAGGAUCACAGUGCCCGUCAAGAAGCUGUUCGCCCGAGAGAAGAGGCCUUACGGGCUCGGCAUGGUCGGCCGUCUCACCAACCGAACGUACCGAAAGCGCAUUGAUAGCUUUGUCAAGAGACAGAUUGAAGACAUGGACGACCACAGGCCGUUCUUCAGCUACUGGAUCACUUUUGUCCAUUUACUGAUAACCAUCCUGGCUGUCACUAUCCACGGCAUCGCUCCAGUGGGCUUCUCACAACAUGAGACUGUGGAUUCGGUGUUAAUGAACAAGGGUGUAUAUGAAAACGUGAAAUUUGUACAACAACAGAAUUUCUGGAUUGGUCCAAGCUCGGAGGCGCUAAUCCAUCUGGGAGCCAAAUUUUCCCCUUGCAUGCGUCAGGAUCAAGAGAUCCACAAACUGGUGCAAGACAAGAUGGUCAAAGAAAGAGAGUCGGGCUGCUGCGUGAGGAAUGAUCGCUCGGGAUGUUUGCAGACUUUGCAAGAAGAGUGUUCGACCACAUUGGCAUUAUGGGUAAAGUGGCCUCAGCAUCCCAGUGCUCCUUACUUGAACGGUAAAUUACGUCAAUAUGGCGCAGUUUGCCAUCAGGAUCCCAGGAUUUGCCAGGAACCUGCCUCUGUCUCGCCUCACGAAUGGCCUGAAGACAUUACCAAGUGGCCAGUUUGCACGCGAUACAGUUUUGUGAACCACACCAAUCUUCCCCACAUCGAUUGCACCAUCACGGGCCGGCCCUGCUGCAUUGGAACCAAAGGCCGAUGUGAAAUCACUUCCAGAGAGUACUGUGACUUCAUGCAGGGCUACUUCCAUGAAGAAGCCACUCUCUGCUCACAGGUGGCGUGCAUGGAUGACGUGUGUGGCCUCCUGCCUUUCCUCAACCCCGAAGUCCCAGACCAGUUUUCCCGACUGUGGCUGUCCCUCUUCCUUCAUGCUGGGAUUCUUCACUGCCUGGUGUCAGUGUUGUUCCAAAUGACAGUUCUUCGAGAUCUGGAAAAGCUAGCCGGCUGGCUGCGGAUCUCCAUCAUCUACAUGCUUAGUGGCAUCACAGGCAACUUGGCUUCUGCUAUUUUUCUGCCUUACAGAGCGGAGGUGGGUCCUGCUGGCAGCCAGUUUGGCAUCCUGGCAUGUCUCUUUGUGGAGCUCUUUCAGACCUGGCAGAUCCUGGAGAGGCCGUGGCGGGCGUUUGGAAAGCUGAUUGCCAUCUCUGUAUUCUUCUUCUCCUUCGGAUUGCUUCCUUGGAUAGACAACUUUGCCCAUGUCUGUGGUUUUGUCUCAGGAUUCUUCUUAUCCUUUGCCUUCUUGCCGUAUAUCAGUUUUGGACGCUCAGACAUGUACCGCAAGAGGGUCCAGAUUUGUGUGUUCCUUCUGGUUUUUGCAGCUUUGCUCUCUUCAUUGGCAGUCUUCUUCUAUGUUUACCCCGUAAAGUGCGACUGGUGCGAGUACCUCACCUGCAUCCCAAUCACGGACAAGUUUUGCGAGAAAUAUGACUUGAACGCAAAACUCCUUUGACCCAUGUCGGCUUGCAUUGCAGCAUUUUGACAUGAAGAGAUUCUGCUGCAGAAUAAGGCUUUUUUUUAUUUUUAUUUUUUAUUUUUUUUACAAGGUCAAUGACUCCAAUUUUCAGUUUUCAUUUGCUUGUCAGCAACAGUUUGAACCAUUCUGAUCCAAAAAUACCAAACAAAUGCAAUUUUGAAGAUGUAUAUGAACAUAGUAAAUAUUAACUUUUUUGCACUUAUUUUUCCAAUAAAAAAAUAUAUUUCA